AUGAAUAUCGCGACUCUCUGUACCCUGGCCAAUCUUUUGUCAGCUGCCGUUCCUCAGACAGCUCUUCUGCAGACUCCAGCACUUCAGAGUGUCUACGUUGGAAGCACUGUAAGGGUGAACUGUCACACGGGCUGGUAUGCUGUGAGAGGUGUUCACUGGUAUACACAGAAAGUGCGAGAAAAUCUGCAGCUCGUUUACAUCGUGAGGACACUCUCUGGUGUAGCUGGGAGAUUUUCUGGAGAAAUUAAUGACAAUUCGACUACUUAUACGCUCGUGAUUCACAAUGUCCAGAGAAAUGAUUCUGGUCUGUAUUCCUGUGCUGGUAGGAAAUCGCACCUUCACCCUUUCAUAUUCGGAAAGGGAUCGAUAUUGCUCAUAGCAGGCACUCCCACCGUAAUUCUCUUAUCCCCAUCGCCGAAUGAAACCUUUUCUAUGGAAACUGUCCCACUGAUGUGUUUAGUGAGCAACAUGAUUUCUGAUACCCUUACCAUCGACUGGAAUGUUUCCACUUGGAAUGCCGAGAGUUGGAGAGAUUCUGUGACAAUAGACUCCGCCGGGGCAAAUAGUAUCAGAAGUCAUAUUAGAGUCCCGGCAGAAGCUUGGAAGAAUGGCAUUACCUGUGCUUGCUGGGUUCAACUCAACUCAACUACAAUUCUCAGUGAAAGUGCCUCAUAUCACAAAGAGCAACCUGAAUUUCCUUGCCUUUUAAUAUUUUAUGGGAGUUCAUCGGUACUGAUUCUUCUUGUUAUGAUGUUUACUGUCUCCGUCGUUUGGAGCUGCAGGAAUUCUGACUCAGGUAACUGGAAUACGGAAAAGAAAUCCACACAUUUUAGACCACGUGAUACAAAGCCGGAGACCCUCUAUGCUCAUUUGGCCUUUACUGAAGAACAGAUACUUUGA